UGCGUUACUUUUCUUUUGCGGUUUUGCAUUUACCGGCCCGCGUAUCUGUCUUUUUUCUUCACCCCCCGACAAGAUUGCUGCAACGUGGAGGACUUUCUGCAAGAGGCGCAGACCAUGAAGCGUCUACAUCACCCCCAUCUCAUUCAGCUGUAUGCCGUCUGCACUCAAUCGGCUCCGUUCUAUCUGGUCACCGAGUUGAUGUCCAAGGGCGCGCUGCUCAUGCAUCUACAGUCGUCCGAGGGUAGACGCCUCUCUUUGCACAGUCUUGUCGUGAUGGCCGCCCAGAUAGCCUCCGGAAUGGCCUAUCUGGAGUCGCGACGCCACAUUCAUCGCGAUCUGGCCGCACGCAAUGUUCUGGUUGGCGAGGCCAACAUCGUCAAGAUCGCCGACUUCGGACUGGCCCGAAUGAUCCAGGUUGGGCAAGCGAGAGAUUUGUGCUGUUGCACAUUUUUUUGUGUUUGGUGA